AUGAAGUUUUCAAUCUUUUCAGUAUUGUCAAUUCUAGCAUUAUUUAAUGUGGUAAUUGGUGCUUAUACCAAUCAAGAAUUACUUGACCAAGUCAAAAAGGCAUCCACCAAAGUUUUAACUUUAACAGACAAAAAUUAUGAAAAAUAUCUUAAUGGACCAAGAGAUUAUCAUGUGGUGAUGCUUUUAUCAUCCCAAUCUCCACAAUUUAAAUGUCCUUUAUGUAAUGAAUUCAAACCAGAAUAUGAAUUGGUAGCCAAUUCAUGGAACCAAGAUCAUCCUAAUGGGGUUAAUGGCGAUAAUGAAAAAGACAUCUUCUUUUUCUACUCAGAAUUCAUGAAUUCUAAAGACUUCUUCCAAAAAUUGAAAUUAAAUAAUAUUCCAAAAUGUUUCUAUUUACCACCAUCUACCAUUUCAGCUAAAGACGGUUGGGUUACAGAAACUGAUGAAUAUCAAUUCUUUCAAGGACAACAUGCAACCUUGAUUAUUGAUUGGUUAAGAAGUGUUACUGAACAUAAGUUUAACUUACAUGUCCCAAUUAACUACACCAGAAUUGCUGUUAAUGCCGGUAUUACUUUUGGUGUAUUAGUACUUGCUUUCAUUUUCAAUAAACAAGUUAUGAAAGUCUUAACAUCCAAAACUUUAUGGACUGGUGCAGCUAUUUUCUUGAUCUUAUUAUUCAAUGCUGGGUAUAUGUUUAAUCAAAUCAGACAAAUGCCAUAUGUUAGAGAACAUCCUGAUGGAAGAGUUGAUUAUUGGGUUCAAGGACAACAAGCUCAAUUAGGUUUUGAAACUCAAUUGGUUUCUUUCAUCUAUGGAAUCUUAUCCCUUUUAGUAUUGUUAUUGAUCAAACAAGUACCAAAAAUUCAACAUCCUCAAGUCAAAUUAAUUGCUGCCACCUUGGUAUCAGUUUCCUUAUUCUUAGGUUACAGUUUAUUAUUGAAUUUCUUUGGUUUAAAAAGUCCAGGUUAUCCAUUUAGAUUCGUUAAAUUUGUUAAAUAA